AUGCCACCGCCAUAUUUGAUCAAGGGGAGGUUCAACUACAUCUUGACCUUCCGGGGCUGCUUCAAUCCGCCUCAUCAAGGACACAAGGAAACAUUAUGCCACGCCUUCUUUCGAGGUGGGGAGGGUAUACACCUGAUAGCCGCCAUCAUCUUCCCUUUGGACGACUAUUCCGUAGCCUCUAAGUACAGACGCGGAAAACCGGGCUCCAAGGACCUAGUUCUCACCCUACAAGAGCGUCUUAACCUCAUCAACAAUAGUGGUCUCCAUGGUGGCUGGCACUGGUGUCACCCACGUGGUGAGCCAGGCUCCGAAGCAUUCAAGGACCGACUCAUAUCAGAGGCCGCAAAAGAUGGCUUCAACAUACGGUUCAUCACUUUAAUUGGACCUGAUCACGUUGAUCAAGAAUAUGGGUCCCUCGGAUACUGGGGGCCUACUAUAGUCGUUGGUACUGGGGAUCCAGAACGCACCAGCCUACGCAUGGAGACGGAAACGGGACUACGAAAAUUGACAGCUUACAACGACUGGCGCACCGAAACACUCGAAGAACUUUUUAUCCAGCAGUUGGGAGCUGGCGGUAACUUGACGUGGCUGGAGCAGAAGUUAUCAAUGCUUUUUCCGCGCGCAAUGACGAACCUUCCGGGCGACCGUGACGAGCGGCUCCAGAUGAUCAAGGAUCGACUACGUACAGGACCACCUACAGAAUGGCUGCGUUACGUGCCCACACGCUUCUUCGGUAUGACAGGCGGUGUCUGGUUUCUCGGCUACAAAGAGGAGCCACUAUCAUCAACACGACUUCGCCGCGCGCUUGCAGCCUCCAAUGAUGGAGAACCGCUCAGCAAAUUCAUCACGGACGUUGCACUCAGCCCACGGCUGCUAACCCAAUAUGUAAAGGCGCACGCCGCUGCUGAUACGACCCCUAAACGCAAACGUCCCGCGGAAGAGGACAAAGGAGCUGAGGCGAAACGCGUGGAGCGAGAAGGACAACAACGCCAGUUCAAGAGGCUAAAGCAAGACUUUGCGCGAAACGAGAAUGCGUACAAAGCCAACCAAAGGAUUGCGUGGCGAAGUCGAGAGAAGAGCGAUUUCCGUGAUUGGAACCGAUUGGAAUGGCAGGACCGUAGGGAUGUUUAUAAAGCAGAGCGCGCCAUGACUCAGGACUGGAAGACACUGAAAGAUCCAAUUAGGAAGGAGAAUAUCUUGUUCCAGUAUUUGGAGAAGAUGCUUAGAGAGAGGAAAAGGAGUGCGGAUGCGCGUGCUAAGGUUGCGGCGGCAAAGCCAGACCAUGCAUAG